CUGUGUCUAUUCUAAUAGAACCUGCAACAGUUUAAGAGUCGCUAUGUUCGACAUGUCAGCAAUGUCCGACACUCGAUCCCGCUGAGCCCAAAACAAACAUCCACACAUGGCGCUGCACCGGCGGAGGGCGGGGCCGGCCGCUAUAAAGGUCCGCAUGAGCAAAGGACACGGUUUGACUGGGACCCUGCUCAACCACGAACAACCGCUCUGCUUCACACAACGUGACUUCAGUCUCAGGUGGGCUCGUGAUGCCGUGGCUGGUGUCCUGUCACCGGGACCACCUGUCUCCGUCGCAGCGCGAGUGCGAGCGCACUGCGUUCUCAUUCUACUGCGCAGUGCGGGAGCGGCUGCCGGUCUGGCUGCUGGAGGACAUGCGCAGCAUGGAAGUGUUCUGCUGGGACGACGGAUGCCCGCGACGCUUCCUGCCAUCUGAGGCCCUUCUGUACGCGCUCGUGCACGACCACCGGGAUUACGCACGUUACCUGUUAGACAGGUACGCAGUGAGCGCGCUCAGAGCGCCACGCUGCAGCUUCUGCUACUGCGGUAGCAGUGGUGCGCAGCACCUGAACGUAGCUGUGCGCUAUGACCGCGUGUCUAUCCUGGCCAUGAUGGUGGAGGCUCUGAAGGACACGCAGAGCGAGCGCCAGCGGUACCUGGACAGCUGUGGAGACUGCUUACACGUGGCUGACACGGGGAAGACAGCGGUGCAGUUGGCGGUGGAGCUUUCUCGAUCGGACUGUUUACUUCUCCUGCUGGUUCACGGAGCUGCGCCUGUCGGACUGGAUGCUGGGCUGCAGACGCUCGUUUCUUGUGACGCGUCACAGCGGCGCGAUGCGCAGCGCUGUCUUGACUUGUUGCUGCUAUUUGCACCCAAACCGACUCCGCUGCGCCGCUUACAGGAUGAACCGCAGCGUUGGCGAAGCCUGUUGGGCAGUGAGGUUUUUAGCUGGCUGUGUGGUCUGGCCCCGCCGCCCCUGCUACUGCAGGCUCUCAGGUGUUUGGCCCAGUCUGGCCCAGAUCAAAUCAGGAGGCUGCCAGACUUCUUGCAGCUGCACAGCUAACACUGGCAUCUGUUCUGCAACUGGCAACUGCCCAGGACUGCUACAAUUGGGCUGUUUGUCUACGACAUAAAGACUAAAGCAGACCCCGAUUCUGUUAAGUUAGCCUUUAGUACUGUUACUACGAGUAACUCAAACUGAAAUAUGAGUCUGUCAGAUUUGGAUUUAGAUGGAAGAAAAAAACUGACCUAACUUAAUCAUUACAAGUUUUAAUAUCACUACGUUAGCCGGAGAAGGGGAAGGCAGAGGCUGUUCUCUUAUCACUUCUCUGUUCUCACCUUAUUUUCAAUCAUGGACUCCAAUGACCUCAGAGUUUGAAGCUUUUUGAAAACUGAAUUCAUGAAACUGCGUUUACUGAAAAACCAAGUAUGAUCCUGAGGUAUUUGUACCUUAUUUGAGAAUUUUCUAUUUACUGUUACCUUGCCACAAUUUUGAGAUGAAUAUUGUGGUUUUACUCCGUUUGAACGCAGAUAAUUUGUUGUUAAUUUUUAUAAAGUAAUAAACAAAACAUCUAAUAAUAGCAACUGUUUGACAGAUCAGAGGUUCUAGAUUUUCUCUAACAAGCAGUUGUAGUUGUGAUUCACACAGAUUGUAUUAAACAUCUGUAAACAUCA